AUGCCUGCCCCCGGCAUUGUCAUCCCGUUCGACAUCUCGCUGCAUUCACAUCUCACGCCUUACCUGGCAGCGAUUCACGCCUCUUGCAUCACCCACGAUCACACAAUAGCAACUUUUCUCCUCCCGCUGUCACAUGAGAAGUUGCUUUCCUGGUGGAAGGAACGCAUUGCCGAGACCAACGAUGGGAGGAGACUUAUGCUGCUCCUCGUGAGCGAGCUGGAUCCAGGCGGCCGUAUCAAGGGGCCCGAGCUGAUAGGAGUCGUCAUGCUCUGGAUGCCAUACUCCGAGACUGGAUCAUUUCGAGGCUACGUGGAGAAGCUGCUCGUACACAAGCAUCACCGGGGAAAGGGCGGCGCGAGAGCACUGAUGAGUGCCUUGGAAACAGAGGCCCUGAGUCGGGGCCGAACAUUACUGUUGCUCGACACGGAGAGUGGCAGCCAAGCAGAAGCAGUCUUCAACAGACUUGGGUACACUGAGCUAGGAAAGGUUCCGGGGUACGGCAUGAGUCCUGCUGGAGGACUCAAGGACGGCACGUUCUUCUAUAAGACUCUUCAGCUGUGA